UUUGUUCGCGUCGCAUGCUCCAAUGUACACCAGGGAGCAUUUGGAUCACGGAUAAGAUGGUGGUUGGAGCAGAUGAGUUCAUGUGCACCAAUGCUCAGUGAUACGAACGGAUUGGAGCAGUUUCUCCUCUUUUAAGAUGCAUGCAAACAUGCAAAUUAAACUCGCAGCAUGGAUCCAUUGGAAGAUUUUCUCAUUGGCUUUAAUAUAUUAAUUAUGAAUGAAAUUAAUGAAAAUCUUUUACCUUUAGCUGUAAUCCGUGAUUUAUUUGUGAAAGACAAUGGGAACGACGAUGAAAUAGAGAAUAUUGCUAUUAAUGCAGUUAUUGAAAUGGCUGAAGGUAUCAUUCAAAGAAGACGUAGAACAUGCAUAACUAAUUAUAUUGAACAAAUAGUGCCAAUGUAUACCGAUGAAGAAUUUAUUAUGCAUUAUCGUUUAAAAAGAAUGCUUUUCAGAAGCAUGGUGGACAGAUUUAGUUAUUGGGCACAUUUUAGAAAUCUAGGAGGUUCUAUUGAUGGUUCACACAUCCGUAUAGACAAACCUUCUGAAGACCCAGUAGCCUAUAUCAAUAGAAAACAUUAUUUUUCCAUUCACAUGCAGGGAACAGUUAAUGAGCAGAACAAGUUCUUAGAUGUGUUAAUUGGAUAUCCUGGCUCAGUGCAUGAUGCAAGAGUAUUUGCAAAUUCUAGUCUGGCUGAAGACUUACCAGCACUCUGUCACAACAGAAACAUAAUUCUUGGAGACGCUGCAUAUCCAUGCCUUCCUCAAUUAAUUACUCCAUAUCGGGAUAAUGGACAUCUUACACAGGCCCAAAGAAACUUUAAUCGUAUACAUAGUCAGUGCAAAAUCUCUGUAGAACAUACAUUUGGAGUAUUGAAACAACGUUUCAGGGAAUUAUAUUUCCUUAAGCUGAGGAACAUGCAGUUCAUCAUUAAAUUCAUUUUCGCUUGUUGCGUCCUUCAUAAUAUGGCUGACUUUAAUGAUAUGCAAUACAUGGAAGAACCCGAGGACGACAAUCAUGCUGAUGUAAAUGCACAGGUGUUGUUAUGUCCUGCCAGAAGAUAGGGAUGAAAAUUUUGUUGAUGAACGACGUGGUUGUGAUCUCAGAGAU